AAGCAAAUAGCCAGGCCUUUCUUCUGCUGCGCCACUGGCUGGGUUCAAACUGCCAACCCUUAGGUUAGUAGUCGAGUGCAAAUGUUUGCACCACUCAGAGAAAUUGGUAAUAACCACUGUCUUCCACCCCUCCUUCAUUCAUUCAACUAAGAUUUACUGAGCACCUUCUCUGGGCCGGGCUCUGGGCCAGGUGGAUGCUGAUAAAAAGGAAAGAGAUGGUCCCUGUUCUCUAGGAGCCCCUACUGGAAGAACACAGAUAGGCAGAGGAUUACAACACAAGAUAGCAAGUGCUGGGAGAGGAAAGUCUUAACAUCUGUUCCCUGGCUGAGCCGAGAUGGGCGACUGGAGCUUCCUGGGAGAGUUCCUGGAGGAAGUCCACAAGCACUCCACGGUGAUUGGCAAGGUCUGGCUCACUGUCCUCUUCAUCUUCCGCAUGCUUGUGCUGGGCACAGCUGCCGAGUCUUCCUGGGGGGAUGAGCAGGCUGAUUUCCAGUGUGAUACCAUGCAGCCAGGCUGUGAGAAUGUCUGCUACGACCAAGCCUUCCCCAUCUCCCACAUUCGCUACUGGGUGCUGCAAAUCAUCUUCGUCUCCACGCCAUCUCUGGUGUACAUGGGCCACGCCAUGCACAUGGUGCGCAUGCAGGAGAAGCGGAAGUUAAGGGAGGCCGAGAGGGCCAAAGAGGUCCAGGGUUCUGGCUCUUAUGAGUACCCAGUGGCUGAGAAGACAGAGCUAUCCUGCUGGAGAGAAGUGAACGGAAAGAUUGUCCUCCAGGGCACUCUGCUCAACACCUAUGUCUGCAGCAUCCUGAUCCGCACUACUAUGGAGGUGGCCUUCAUUGUGGGCCAGUACCUCCUCUACGGGAUCUUCCUGGACACCCUACAUGUCUGCCGCAGGAGUCCCUGCCCCCACCCGGUCAACUGUUAUGUAUCCCGGCCCACAGAAAAGAAUGUCUUCAUUGUCUUUAUGCUGGCUGUGGCUGGACUGUCCCUCUUCCUCAGCUUGGCUGAACUCUAUCACUUGGGCUGGAAGAAGAUCAGACAUCGAUUUGUCAAGUCACAGCAUGGUAUGACAGAGUCUCAGCUUCCUGGCCCCUCUGCAGGCAUGGCCCAUAGCUGCACACCACCCCCUGAUUUCAAUCAGUGCCUGGAGAAUGGCCCUGGAGGGAAGUUCUUCAACCCCUUCAGUAACAAGAUGGCCUCCCAGCAGAACACAGAUAACUUGGCCACUGAGCAAGUGCAAGGCCAGGAGGAGAUUCCGGGGGAGGGUUUCAUCCACAUCCGCUAUGCCCAGAGGCCAGAGGUACCCAAUGGAGUCUCCCCAGGUCACCGCCUCCCCCAUGGCUACCAUAAUGACAAGCGCCGCCUCAGCAAGGCCAGCAGCAAGGCCAGGUCAGAUGAUCUAUCAGUGUGACCCUCCAGUGUGGGGGGACCAGGACCAGAUGGGAACAAAGAAGGGUCAGAGAGGGGAGAUAUGUCCCUUCUGAUCCCAUGCUCUCUCAUUCUCUUCACUGCUCUGCUUUUCUCAGUCGCCUGGUCUCAAUG